GCAGCGCGCAGGCGCGGGGGGAAGUGGCGAGUAAGAUGGAAGAUGAGGAGGUCGCUGAGAGCUGGGAGGAGGCGGCAGACAGCGGGCUGCCGAUCCGACACUUGUGCCGGAGAAAUUGGCCACUUGCCGCCGCCCCUCCUAAUAAUUUGAUGGCGAAAUCCCUUGUGGAGUCUGGAGCCAGCUGCCCGGCCAAGGACCGCGGUCCUGUUGGAAGAGGAAUGGCGGGACCACUUACCAGAUCCCUCGCUCCCCACCAGGAAAUAGACAGACGGUUGGAAAAAAAACUGAAGAUCACACAAAAGGAGAGCAGGAAGUCCAAGUCUCCUCCCAAAGUGCCGAUCGUGAUUCAGGACGAUAGCCUCCCUUCGGGCCCUCCCCCCCAGAUCCGCAUUCUCAAGAGGCCCACCAGCAACGGCGUCGUCAACAGCCCCAACUCCGCCAACAGGCCAGCGCUGCCCGUCAAGUCCCUGGCCCAGCGGGAGGCAGAGUACGCCGAGGCCCGCAAGCGGAUCCUGGGCAGCGCCAGCCCCGAGGAGGAGCAGGAGAAGCCCAUCCUAGACAGGCCGACGAGGAUCUCGCAGCCAGAAGACGUCAGGCAGCCCAACAAUGUGAUCAGGCAGCCCCUCGGUCCCGAUGGUUCACAAGGCUUCAAGCAGCGCAGAUAAAUGUGGGCCCGGGAAGAUGCCGUCGCCGCCGCCGCCGGGGUGGUCCGCCACGGGUCGCACUGCCGUGGCGGACAGCUGGACUUGAGCAGAGGGAACGACCUGAUUUACUUGCACUGUGAUCCCCUUUGCUCCGCCCACUGUGACCUUGAACCCCAUGCACUGUGACCCCCCCCAAAACCCCUUCCACUGUGAUUGGCGCGUCGGCAAGGGCUGUCCCAAGUCACUGUAAAAGGAAAGGGUGGGGACGGGGGCCAGGGUUGGGGGCACCCACUGAAGACUCCGCGAAACCAGAGCGAAGAGUCGGCUGGUGCUACUUGGGGCGAAAGCCAGUGCCAGCAAUAAUGCUUAUCAUGCUCAUCAACUGGGGGUUUCAGAACCCUAAUGGGGGGGAUGCUUCCCAAACGUGCAUGUCUUCAUCACUUAAAGAGCAAGUUCCGUUUGAAAGGAUCGUUUGUUUUCAUCUUUUUCUAUUAUUUUGUUUGUUUCAAAAGUCUGAUUUGCAAGAAGAAAAAGUGCAUGGGAGGGGUUUUAGCUGUUUAACGAAUCUUUGUUUUAAUUGAGGAACGGUAGUCGCUAGUCUUCUAAAAACGUUUCGAUGAAUUAACUGAAACAAAUAGGAUUUUGGCAAGCUUAGCUUCUCAUUCUGUAUUCCCACUGCCAUGCUGGGGGGAGGGAGGGAGGGAAGGGCAGAGGCGGGGAGGGGCUCCCCGGGCCCCCCCGGCCACGUCUCCGGGGCUAGCGGCUCGCGGCAGGGGGCUCGCUCUCGGCUGACUUGGGGAUUUGGGGGAAGGGUGCCGACCCUUCCUCCCGAAUUGAGGAAGACCAACUAAGUAGACAGAUGUCUCUUCCCUUCCUCACCUUGAGGUGAGCCACGGGGCCCAGGUGUGCUGCUUCUGAGAGAGAGAGAGAGAGAGAGAGAGAGAACGCGAACACACAGCUGGGGGACAAGACCUGUGGCCCCUAAGUUUACAAGGAAUGGAAAACUAGAUUAGUUCAGUAUUUUGCUGUGUUUGUUCUGAGGAAGACACAACGAGGAGCCUGAGUCGGGGACGCCUGGGCUGGUCAGCUGGCUGAAUGAACGGUGUUGUCAGGAGGUGGAUAGAGGGAGGCGACGCCAGGCCCCGGCGGGGGAGCCCUAAGUAGCUGCCCGACACCCUGAUGUCGGCGGGCGCAGAGCUGUACUGACUGCAGUUCCUUUUUCAAACAGACCGUGCCGAACAAAGUCUGGAUGUAGAUCGCGUCUUGUUCAGGGGUUGGUGACGACUGGUUUCCCGGAGGCUUCGGUUCCAUCCCCCCUAGUCCGGGGUCCUCUCGCUCCCGAGCCGGGGGCCGGAGGCCGGUCCCGCGCUCGGCUUGGACUCUGGAAGUCUCCGCCGGGCAAGGAGGGCAAGGCCGGACGUUGUAGCCAAUCCCUAGAGCGAUCCCCGGCCACGUCUUCGGGUCGGUUCGCCUGCACUGAUUCUCUUUUUCCCCCCAUCCCGCCGACCAUCGCCCCCCGCCAGGCAACCCGUCUGUUUUGAAUUUUAACUGACAGCUCUCCAAGGGAUUGGGAGAACGUCACGUCUCGCUUUGAGCAAAGGCACACGGCCCGAGACCCACCUUGGUGUUUUUCGCCCAGAGGAGCGAGCUAGGUUUUGUCCGGCCGAGUCCUAAGGCUGCCUGAAAACCCCGCCCCGCCCCCAAGACCUCCCCACUGGGGGCCGGGGCCUGGACGGCGGAAGGUACCUGCCCUUCCUGCUCCCCGGCCGCCAGCGUGGUCUGACGCGGCCCUACUCCCUCCACCCUCUGCUUAUAAGUCAGCGGAGCCUGUCGCCCAAGAAUCUCCGUUGCUCCUGGCGGUUAGAAAGCGGAGCCAGGAUGGCUUAGGGCUAGGCCGCUUUUAAGAUGGCCGAUAGAAACCCGAGCCGAAUCCCCUCGGCCCCCAGACGGGUUCUUCCUAGGGAGUCGGCUCCGGUAGCGUAGGAGGACGCGGUGGACUGUCGCUUCUAGGUUUGAGUGCCCCGGCCAUCUCGUCUGCUCCAACCCGCCUCUCCUGGGGACCGGUGACCGUGUGUCUCUCGGAGUUGCCGCCCCUUAGGCUGGGAGUAGCCAGACCCCGAAUGGCGUUGGGCAACGACGCUUGCCUGUCUGCCGUCAGGAGGGUCUUGGUGGCCGGUAGAGGAGGAGGAAGGAACCGGUUUUCUCCCAGACUCCUUUGGCAGGGUGAGGAUGUGUAAGAGGAGCCCCAGCCCCUUAUCUAGCGGCUCCUGCACUGAGGCUUCACCUUGGCUUCCCAGAGAUGCAAAGGUGGCCGGCGAAACUAAUAGAGAACUCUGUUGCGUGGGUGUGAGUUGGGGGGCGGGUGGGCGGGGAGGACGGUCGGGGUUGGUUUUUCUUUUUGUAGUUGUCCACAUCUUUCCUAAGUGCUUUUUGGGCCGGGUCUUUUUUUUCCUUGGAAGUGAGCUGCAAGCUUCGGCUUGGGGGAGAUGCAAGGGGCCGGAGCCCCGAGGCUGAGGCUGCUGCUCCUCUAGCCGCCCGAACGGUACAGUCCUCACCCCCGCCUGCCCCCCGGCCCCGCCGGGCCGGGCCGCGAACGUCCCGGCUAACGGCUUCCGACACGCUCCGUCUCCAGCGCGGCCUAACCGGGCGAGCGUGGGGGCCGGGGCCGCGACCGAGGCUGGGACCGAACUCUUCCAGCCCAGUCAAUCAGGGGCGCUCCCCACCUGCAGGCAGGCGGCAACCCCCCCACGAGCUGCCAUCGACCCGUCCCUCCCCUUCCCAUUUCGGAGCGGCCCCUCGCCGGGAACCGACGGGGGGACGGGUGGGGCCGUUCCAGCCUCCGUGGCCCCCGAAGCUCACGGAUCCUUGUUUUUUUGUCCCGGGCUCCCCGGGGUGAGCGCCCCGGCCCUCCCCCGCCGGGUGGAUCCGGGGGAGACGGGGAAAGGUUGGGAGUUAGGAUUGCCGUGCCCGGGGGCACUGACCCAGCCAAGGAGGAAGGCAGUGGGUCCUUGUCUUUCCCUCCUCUCCCUCCCUGGGCCCCGUCCUCUCCCCUACUGCCGCGGGCUCCCGAGUCAGCAGAUUAAGCAUUUUAUAAAUUGUAUUUUAAAUAAAUGUUUUAAACUCA